AUGGGAAACGAGAAUGCAGAAGGCUGUAUGGGAAACAUGUUUAUGGAACAAGAAAUUAAGACGUCUCCACAUACAGUGGAGAUGGCACAAGCAUUUAGACUGGCAAUAAUGAACACCUGUUGCACAAAGAAAGAUCAACAACUAAUCACAUAUAGUAGUGGAAACCAACAGAACCCAGAUCGACUUUAUUCUACAACAGUGGCCACACAAAUAUUACGAGAAUCGCCAGAGGAUAAAAAAGAAGGAAAGAAAACAUGGUGGUGGAAUAGUGAAGUCCAGGAAGCUGUCAAGUUGAAGAGAGAAUGCAAGGUGGCAAGAGACAGAGAUGGACAGGACGAAGAACUACAGAAAAUACUUAAAGAGGCUAUUAAGCAAAUGAAGAAAGUAGUUGCUAUAGCAAAAAAAAGUGUAUACAUAGACCUAUACAAUAGUCUCGUAAAAUGUGCAGAAGGUAUUAAUGAAGCAAUAAAAAUAGCAAAGAGCAGAAACAACAACUCGCAAGACGUAUACCAGGCCAACACUAUAAAGGAUGCAGAUGGUAGGGUAUUAAAUACGGAUGAAAAGAUAAGUGACAAGUGGAGGAAAUACUUUAACGAACUAAUGAUUAUAGAAAAUAAGAGAGAGAAAGUGAGAAGAAAUACCAUGCCAAACACGGAUAAUGAAGAGAUAGCACUUAUCUGCUCAAAAGAAGUGGGACAAGCACUAAAAAAAAUGAAAAAUGGGAAAGCAGUUGGACCGGACAACAUGCCAGUGGAAGUGUAUAAGUCCAUAGGGAAUACUGGAUUAGAACUCUUAACAGGUUGGGUGAACAAUAUUAUUGGGACAGAUCCUAUGCCGGAUGAGUGGAGAGAUAGUAUACUGAUACCAAUAUGCAAGAAUAAAGUUGACAUACAAGAUUGUGGGAACUAUAGAGGAAUAAAACUCAUGUUACAUAAUGGAGAUUUGGGAAAGGGUCAUAGACAGAAGACUUAG